UAGAACUUUGGAGACUGCACGGAAACAGGUUGGCACUGGCUGAAAGCUCAUUUCUGUAGACAAACAUCUACACAAACGGACUCAAUAGCGGUGCCAUAAAUGAAGCAUCAUGGCUGGAUGUCGUAAGAGCUCACUGCGGCGGAGCUGGCAGAGCUGAGCAGCCCACCCCCUGUUAAGUAGCAGAUUGUGUGGAGACUCUUCACACUUGGAAGAAGGCUGCAGUCUGCGACAUACCACCUCACUCCCACUUUUCUCUGGCCGGAGUCUACAGCGAAGACUUUUUGUUUAAGAAAACGACAUUUGUGUUCGUGUCCUCUGAAGCUUCCUUCAUGCACUGCUGAGACCAGCAGAGCUGAAGAUGAAGUGUAGACUCUCUCUGGCAGCAGUUGUUGCCCUUCUGGCACUGCUGCUGUCCUCCUCUCAGGCCCAGGAGCAAGACUUUACAGACACUUGUGGUGGGUAUCUGUUGUGUACCAGAUGGCACACACACACACACCACUGUGUCUGUGCAGACACUCAGUGUAACACCACAGCGAAGGCCGACAUCGUGCUGCUGCUUGAUGGCUCUUGGAGCAUUGGGCAUAUGAACUUCAAAACCAUCCGCAGCUUCAUCGCUCGCCUGGUCAGCGUGUUUGACAUUGGCCCUGACAGAGUCCAGAUCGGUCUGGUUCAGUACAGCGAUGACCCAAGGACCGAAUGGCACCUGAAUGCCCACCCCUCCAAAGCAUCCCUACUGGAGGCCAUCGCCAACCUGUCUUAUAAAGAAGGAAGCACCAUGACAGGCUGGGCUCUAAGAUACAUCUGUAACAACAACUUCAAUCCCAGUGUGGGCAUGCGAGAAGACUCACGCAAAAUUGGUGUCCUGAUCACUGACGGAAAGUCCCAAGAUGAAGUUUACUUUAAGUCAAAGAACCUGAGAGACAGAGGCAUCAAGCUCUAUGCUAUUGGUAUAGGAAAUUAUGAUGAGUACGAGCUGAAGACCAUUGCCUCUGAUCCGGAUGAGAGUCACAUCUACCAAGUUAGCAACUUCCAGUUCCUACUGGACAUUGUUGACAACGUCACAAUCAACUUGUGCAACAGUGUAAAGGCCUCAGCACCGCCUCUGUCUGGAGAUGCUCAGUGUAACACCACAGCGAAAGCCGACAUUGUACUGCUGGUUGACGGAUCCUGGAGUGUUGGACGCGUAAACUUCAAAACCGUUCGCAACUUCAUUGCUCGUGUGGUCAGUGUGUUUGACAUUGGCCCAGAAAGUGUCCAGAUCGGUCUGACUCAGUACAGUAGUGAUCCAAGGACUGAAUGGCACCUCAAUGCCCACCCCACCAAAGCAUCCCUGCUACAUGCCAUUGCCAAGCUGCCACUUAAAGGAGGAACCACCAUGACAGGCUUGGCUCUAAACUACAUGCUUGAAAACAACUUUAAACCUAAUGUGGGGAUGCGUGGCGACUCCCGCAAAAUUGGCAUCCUGAUCACUGAUGGAAGGUCCCAGGACGAAGUCAUCAGAGUCUCACAGAAACUCAGAGACCGUGGCAUUGAGCUCUAUGCUGUUGGCAUAGCUCAUAUUGAUGAGAAUGAGCUGAAGUCCAUCGCCUCUGAUCCAGAUGAGAGUCACGUAUACUCCGUCACUGACUUCGAGUUCCUGCCGGACAUCGUUAAUGACCUCACAAUCAACUUGUACAACAGCUUAAAGGGCUCAGAUGAUGAGCCACUGGAGGCACCAACCAACCUGGUGACCUCAGAGGUGAAACAGAGCUCCUUCCGCACCACCUGGACUCCACCCGAUGGCACCAUGGACCAGUUUCGCGUCACUUACUCAGUGGCGGCCGGAGGACCCCCCAAGGAGCUUUUAGUCGAGGGAUCGGUGACCACUGUAGUGCUGGAAAAUCUAAACCCUCGGACUGAGUACGCCAUCAGUGUUUACGCUGUGGUUGGCGAGCGGAGCAGCGAGCCUCUCAGGGGCACCGAGACCACCCGAGAUGGAUAGGUGUCGUUUGAGCUGUGGGGGCAUCAUUCAGAAGAAAGUUUAACUCCUCUUCUUCAGUCGUUUGCUUCCACUUGCCCAAAACCAGUCAGCCACUUGAAAAUACUCCAUCUGUGUCGGACUGCGUGUUCAUAUCUUUAUUUCAGUGUUUUUAGGAUCAUUAUGAUCAGUGCUAACUGUUCCACCACCAUGGUUAACACUCCCGUCUCACAGCAAUAAGGUUCCUGAUUCCAGCUCCUGGUUUCUUUCUUUGUGGAGUUUGCAUGGUGUGAGCGCUCAGUUAGACUCAAAUUGUUUAUAAAUGUGACCACAUUACAGUUACUUCUUGUACUCUCUCUAUGUUGACCCGAGGAUCAAUAAAAACAACAUGGCUCUCAUGAUCAACAAA